CUUUGGCUAUCGAUAAACUUACUAUCAAUCCGUGUCGUUGACGCCAUUUUCUUGUUGAUAUCUGACUCAAAAUAUUUAUUAAUGUUUAUAUUCAUUUUUCUUCUUCUCUUACUAUGCAAACCAUAUGUUGCUUAUUUUUAUUUACAUUAAUUUUCUUCUUCUUACUUUCUACGCCAUAUGUGCAACAAAAAAAGUAAAAGUCAAACACUUUUAGAUAGUUAGUGGGCAAGUCAAGCAAGGAAAGAUUUUUUCUGUUUACAGUUUGCAAUUCGAAAUUACAAAUCUUGGAAAUGUUGGAUAAGGUUAAGCAUAUUAUAUUGGUAUUAUCUGGUAAAGGUGGUGUUGGCAAAUCUACAGUAAGUACUCAAACAGCUUUGGCUCUACGGGAAAAUGGAUUAAAGGUAGGCCUGCUUGAUAUAGACUUAUGUGGCCCUUCAGUACCAUAUUUGCUAGGAUUGGAGCAAUGCGAAAUUUAUCAGUGCGAAGAUGGCUGGGUGCCUAUCUAUACAGAUGCAAGUAAAACAUUGGCCGUUAUGUCCAUUGGAUUUUUGUUAAAAAAUCGUAACGAUCCAAUUAUAUGGAGGGGUCCCAAGAAAACCAUGAUGAUCAAAACAUUCCUAAAUGAUGUAAAAUGGGACGACUUGGAUUAUCUAAUUAUAGAUACACCACCCGGUACAUCAGAUGAGCACAUAACAGUAAUGGAAUGUAUGCGAGAUGUGCGUUGCGAUGGUGCUAUUAUUGUCACCACGCCCCAGGGCGUUGCUUUGGAUGACGUACGUAAAGAGUUAACAUUUUGCAAAAAGACGGGGAUACGUAUAUUAGGUAUAUUGGAAAAUAUGAGUGGAUUUGUGUGUCCAUCCUGUUCAAAUUGUACUAAUAUCUUCUCGUCAAACGGUGGGGCUGAAUUAGCAAAAUUGGCUGGCGUUCCUCAUUUAGGUACUGUGCCUAUCGAUCCACGAAUGGGAGUUUUAACCGGUACAACUUCUUCAGUUCUCAAAGAGAUUCCAGAAUCAAAUACAGCUACAACUUUUAAAAACUUGAUUCAAAAAAUUGUGGUUUAAUGUAACAUUUAUAAAUUUUAUAAAUGCCAAGUUUUUUGAUCGCCAAAAAAUACGUACCAGGGAUUCCAAAAAGUCAAUGC